GCCCGCAUCGUCGUUGGUCCAGCCACACGGAAGGAUCUCAGCGACGUCAUGGAGAUAGAGGCGAGCGCCCAGCAGGAGGCCGACGGCAAGAUCUGGUACCUCUUGAGCCCGGACCUCGACGUCUAUCCAGUGCUGGUGGACGCCCCGGACCUGCGCGGCUACGAGCUUCUGGACAACGACGGGAGCGUGCUGCUGAGGUCUGGGCUCCGCCGGGGCGGGAGACCGGUGUACGGCUCCGAGUGGGUGCCCACCGCGCUGGAGCUGGUGGACGCGAUGGAAGCGGUGGCCCCACAGGUCCAGCCCGAGCGCAGGAUGUCCAAGAAGGGUCCGCUUCCUCCGACGGGGGCAGCAGCGCAGACACCUACGGACUUGGUGAAUAUAGUGACUGGGAGUGAACGGCUCCCGGAGGUGAAGCCACUGCGCUGGUACGUCACGGCGGGGCCCAACAAGUCCGAGAUCGACGGCCUCUUCCCCCACUCCGUGGUGGACGAGUUCGCGCGCUCGGAUGACAUGGCCAUCGCUGUGGUCGGCACCGGCGUGUACACCCUCAGGGCCCUCGACCCGAAGGAGGGCGUCGUGCAGGUCAUCCGAGACGACCGCCUGCUGGCCAUGGCGAAGGACAGCAGCGGGAUCCGCAAGAAGCUGUUCAGGGACGCCGUGCUGGAGGUCACGGAGAGCCCGUGGCCGGGGUGGCCGCUCUUGGGGCCGCGCACAGCGGCCUGGUGCGUCCGCUUCAUCGCGGAGCAGGACAGCCACCCCCGGGCCCGUCACACCAAGUGGUUACACGAGACGGGGCUCACACAGUCGGACCCGGGGGUGGCUGAUCAUGAAGUCGCCAUGCGGGCCUUCGAGUUCGGUCUCGUGUAUGAUCAGGUGAACGUGGGAGAGCUCGUGAGCUUCGAGCUUCUGGCCCGGCGGGCGCAGAUGGCGGAGUGGCGAUGCCGCGACCGCCUGGCGCCCCGCCGGGCCGAUGAGACGGCGGAGGACGAGCACCUCUACAUGGGCACGGGGGGGACGAGGGGCCUCAUCAUGAUGGCCCCAUUCCUGGUGGAGCACAUCUCGACGGAGCUGCACCGGGAGAGCCAGGUGAUGAAGGAGAAGAGGAAGUUGAGGGAGGAGCGCCAGCUCGCGAAGGGCACUGGCGCCGACGGCGACACGAAGGAGAGCCUUCGCAAGAAGGCGGCCGCGAUACCGGCGGCCGCGGCGCCAAGUGACAACGCCAUGCCUGCGCCUCGGGAGCUGCUUCCUGUGCCGCUCCCGCAGGCGCCCCUCGGCAGCAGCGGGCAUCCCAGCUCGUGCUGUCGUACCGUGCGGUCUCGUCUGCUCCGCCACCGGCACGUCGACGGGUGGGGCGUGGAGGUGCAUCAGGCGCUGACCUGUCUCCACGGACGAGGGGGCGCUGAUCCUGGAUGCCCGCCCACUCUAGGGCAAAGUUUUGGUUCUGACCACGUGCGAGCUGCUGUUCAAAGUAUCGGGGCUCCUACUAUCACCGGCGCGGCAGCCUUCAAGGAGCUGCGCGCCAGCAAGCCCGGCUACACAUCGACGCCGGUGAAGCCAGCCGCCUUCCAGCGCGACCUCGUCGCGCUGCCCUCGCCCGGCGCCAAGUGCGAUGGCGCCAGCAUCUUGCAGGGCGAGGCGCUCGACCUUUGGGAGGAGUGGCAGCAACGGUUGUUGCGGAAGAGCCCAGAUGUCUCCGCCGUGAAGCCGCAUUGCGACGCGAAGCUGAUGCAGAGCAAGUCCAGCUACGCCCACUUCGUGGCUGACUUGUACGACGCCGGGCUGGUGAAGUUCGGCUCACUACGUGAAUCUACUCUCGGAAUUUUCUUCGUUCCCAAGUCUGAUGGGAAGUUGCGGCUUAUCUUUGACACGCGUCGGGUCAACCAGCUCUUCGAGCCUCCUGCGCACACGGCGCUGCCUACGGCUGGCUGCUGGAAGGGGUUGCUCUUGGAGCCUAAUGACGAGCUGUGCCUCUCGCAAGUUGACGUGGAGCGGGCGACUCCAUCCCUGGUCGGCCAGACCGCUGCCGCGGUGUAUGUCGACGGAGUCGCAGUGAUUGGCACGCAGAGCGCGCAGACCGUGCAGGACUGUCGUACCAUUGCCGAAUCCCUCCUCGCAGUGGGCCUGGUCACCAAGGACAUGGAGCUGCCGCAGGACGAGCAGCCGUUCACCGGGCUCAUCUUCGAGAAGGGGUCCGAGUGGAUCUCCCUCUCGCGCAGCCGGAUCUGGAGGAUCCGACGGGCUUUCCAGUAUGCCGCCGAGGCCGACAAGCUUACUGGCGUGCAGAUGCGCAUGCUCCUGGGGCACUACACCUGGGCAGCCAUGCUGAGGAGGCCGCUGCUGUCCGUCUUCGCCGCCUGCUGCUCCUUCGCGGAGAAGGCCGGGGACAUGGCGUGGCGGCCUUGGGCUAUUGUGCGUCACGAGCUCAGGCUGGGCGCGGCACUGGUGGCGAUGGCCUUUGUAGAUUUGCGUCGGCCGGUCGCCGCCACUGCACUGGCUACCGAUGCUUCUGGCGGCGCACGGCAGGGCCGCAGCAUGGGCCCAGACUUGGCGCCGCCAGGGCUCGAGUCGGCCGCCGCUGGCGACCACGGGGGCUUCGGCGUGGUCAGCCGCGAAGUCCCUCGCUGCGCCGUGGCCGCCGCUCUUCAGCUCAGCGAGAAGUGGAGAUUCAAGACGCUCGACUUUCUAGGGGCUCGGGCAUCAGCGCUCGGCCUCAAGGCUCUGGUCAUGGGGGUCCGCCAUUUCGUUCGCAACACUGCCAACCAUGGACGUCGCCUGCUGCUGCUAUGCGACAACAUGGGGCUGGUGCUCGCAUCAGGGAAGGGGAGAUCUUCGGUGCCGUCGCUCAACCUCGUGCUUCGUCGGCUCGCUGCGAUCUCCAUCUUCGCCAAUAUCGAUAUCACAGUACGGUGGAUCCCUUCAGAGUUGAAUCCAGCAGACGCCCCGCCGAGCCGCCCUGCACCAGAGCCCGACGAUGGCUCGCUAUGGCGAGCCGCUGCGGAGGCGCUCGCCGCAGAAGGGCGCCCGCGGCGGCGCGACCCAGGCCUUGCCGGCCUCGGCGACGCCGCGGCGCCCGCGGCAAUGGCAGGGGGCUUCGGGCUCCACCGGGGGGGCAUCGGCACGCAGCCGAGCGACUCCUCGGACAGCGACUCGGAGUCGGAGCCCACGGCCAGCUCGAGCGACGCCAGCCCCAGCGGAGAAAGCUACAGCGAGGAGGGCGAGGUUGGCGGCCGAGCGGACCAGGCGCGCAAGAUCAGGGCCUCGUCCAACGUGCACUUCGUGACCUCGUACCGGAACUUCGACAACUGGUGCCAGACGCAUGCCGUGCCCGUUCAGACCGCCAGCGAGAUCGACAAGGCCAUCAGCGAGUACAUGGACGUGCUCUACUUCGACGGGAUGCCGUCGGACGUCGCGUCGAAGACGAUCGCGGCCGUCCGGCACUUCCGCCCCGCGGCGGUGGGCGAGGCCGAGCUGGCGGCCAGCAGGGCCGCUUUGAAGGGCUUCCGCCUGCUCGCCCCGGCCCGCACUCGCCAGCCGCUGGUCCGCGAGGCGGUCUUCUGCCUGAUAGGGCUGGCGAUGCUGGACGGCGAGUCGGGGUUCGCAGAGGCCCUCAGCUUGGCAUGGGACACAGCCCUCCGCUUGCCCAGCGACCUGAUGCAGUUGCGAAGCCCGUCCCUCGUGCCGCCGCAGCCCCGCAUGGAGAUCUACGUGUGGAGCCUGCUGCUGUACCCAGAGGAGACCGGCCUGCGCAGCAACGGGAAGCAGUUCGACGAGGGGGUCCAGCUCGCGCCAGCAGGCUCCAAGGCGCUAGGCCCUGCCCUGGCGCGCCUACGGGAACGCCCAGCCCAGGCGCCCUUGUGGGACCUCGACGCCAGGCGCUUCGGCCAGCUUUUCAAGAAGUACGCGGAGAUGAUCAACCUCAGGGACCCGCACCCAUACCGGGUGCGACGCGGCUCGGCGAGCUGGGACAUCGCCAGCGGGGCGCGGAGCCUCGAGGCGGUGCAGGCCCGUCUUCGGCACGCCAGCGCGACCAGCACCCAGCGGUGCAGCCGAGCCGCUCGGUACACCGCGGAGCUGGAGCUGGCGCCAGAGUCGGUCAAGGCCUUCGGCGCCGCGGUGGCGGACCAGUGGGCCUUGACGCUCCAAG